ACACCAUGGAAAACAAACUUGGGCUCAUCUUAUAAACCCAGCGGCUCCAGUGCGUACACCUCGCGUGAUGAUAUUGGCAGCAGUCGUUAUUCUUCUUUGGCUUCGCCGAGCACAUAUCGUCCGUCCUUCUCUGGCGGCACUUACCGCAUCAAGCGCGAUACCCCUUCCAGUCUACAGACACCUUCGUACACAAGUCGUUACACGCCGAGUUCGUCGAGUCGCGCGACUCCUGUAGUUGACUCCUCCACCGAUAUCGGCGGCUCAAAGCGCUACACUGCAACCGCCACAGGUAGUCUUAAUAAGUAUGGCUCGUCGCGUGAACCAAGUCCUGCCGCCCUCGAAAUCACAAAUCGUAUGCGUAGUCGGGAGCCUAGUCCAGUCUCUCGCGCGCUUAGAGGAAAGUCGCGCGAUCCGAGCCCAGUGGUCGACACCAGUUGUAAAAUUGGCUACGGCGCGCUCAACUCAUAUCGCAUGUCAACGCCGAAAUCAUCCAGCACUUCGGGUUACAAUGCACGUUAUGGCAGUGGUACAUCCGCGGGGCGUGCGCCAACUAUGCCGCCGGACACCUCCAUUUCAUAUCUUACGGCCAGUGACUUUCAUGCGCGUUCUGUUAGUCGCGCGAGGGAGAGCGCUGCUCGCAAAUCCAACGAGAAGGAAGUCGAUGAGGAGGCGUCAGAAGAGCCAAAAAAGUUAGAAGAAAAGAGCGAAGAUGAAAGCAGUUCAGAGGAGGAAGAGAAAGAAACAUUUACCUCGGUGUCGGUGGUCACACGUGCCACGUCUCCCACGCCACCCGGCAGCGCGACAACUGUGCAAAGAACGCGUCGCAUUGAUAUUGCAAAAACAAUUGAAAAGACCAUACAACGGUCAACAUGUAAGCGAAAGACUUUGGAUAAGGAAAUACAAUCUGACCGACUUGAUGACUCGACGCGUUACUCGCGUUUCGGUCUGAGCAGUCGCGUGCCCUCAUACAGUCCGCACUCGGAGAGUCGUUACACAUCCACGAACCUACGAUACAGUUCCAGCCCGUUAUCGUCUGUUUCAAAGUCGUCCGCCUCAAAUGUAUCUACUGCCUCCGGCGGCGAGCCAAAGAAAGAGGCCACUGCUGCCGCUAGUAAAACUACACGCGCUACCGGGAACACAAAGUCGAAGCUGUCUCCUCCAAAGGUUGUUCGCAUAAGCUCACGACAAUCUUCGGUUGAAAAUCUCACUGCCAACACAAAUGCCAAUAAGCCACCAACUGCACCGAAGGCUGAGUCACCCACCAAGAGCAGCUCCAGCAGCGCAAAUGUGCCAACGAAGCUUCCGAACAAAGAUUUUCGUAAAUCCGCGCUGAAUGUUGGCCCCACAGAUCGGCCGCGCAAGUCCCGCACACCCAGUAGUGGUACGGAUUCGGAUGCAGUGCAGCAGGUUCACAACGAUCUGGUUAACGGGACCGCACAGCGCAAAGAUCGCUCACCGAGCGCUGGUUCAGAGGCAAGCAAUGUAUCGGCUGCGUCGAGUAGACGAGGAGCGACAGGUGAGAAUAAAUCACGGCCACGCUGCCAUGCCAAAAAAUCGUCGUCGGCAACGUCAUCACUGAGCCGUCAUAACAGCAGCAAUAAUUUGAAAAAUAGUGCACACAAAUCAUGCACCCCAUCGUCAUCGUCUUCCACUUCCACUUCCACCUCCACCGUAUCGUCAUCGAGCGGCGCGGAAAGCGCUGGGGAACCAAAGAAAGCAAACAAAAAGCAAGGCAAGAAGAAGAACCUCAACACCCACAACAAAGAACAUGCAGCCAACAAUUCGAGUGUGACAAAGUGUGCGAGAAGCAGCACAGGUGAUUCUAAUGAUCUGCCGUCGCAGCGGCCAGCGGCUGAAAAUAGCAAGGCAGCACAACCACCGCCGCCACUGAGCGCAAAUGAUACGCGCUCCCCCCAGAUAGACACGGCGGCAGCGGAGGCCGUUGAAUCAUCGCGCACAAAUUCGAAAUCGCCACUCACCUCCUCCCAAGAGAAGACCUCUAAUCGACUGCAGAAGUUGUCGUCUGUGUCGAAUUUUUUCGUUGCUCGUCAGAGCGAUGUAAAUAGCGAACCCAUUUUCAUCGAAAGCUCUGAGAAUUCAGGGGGCGACUCAGAGACGGGUCAGCUAAUUGGUAGCAGUCUUACGGCAGCAACCAAAUCGAACGCGUCGCCAACGAAUAACGCGACCACAACGACAACGACUGAUCCUGUCAGCGUAGCAGCAGCUGAAGCAGAAUCAACCACUACGACAUCGAAACGAAACUGUUAUAAUUCGAGCCUCGACAACACAGAGGAUACAUCUGCGAGGAGUCAACGCAGUCUAACGAAAUAUAGCAACGAAACACAAGAUCGCAGCAGAUCUUCGGUAACGAAAUCGACUAGUACACACUUCCCACACGAAACAACCGUUACAGAAACGGCGCUAACCAGCGAACAAGUAACCGAUACCUACACCACUACGGCUACCACGUCUGCGGAGGAGCCAGAGGAGUCCAGUUGGUGGCAAGACACGAGUCGACAGAUCGAUACAGCAUCUGCUUUGGGUUACCAUCAAAAAGACGAUAUGCGCUUCAAGCUCAGGCACAUCGACUCUGGCGAAACGGCGUGGUGGUUACGCAAUGAUGAGGACGACACUUUGGCGGAUGAUGAUUUAAGAACACUCAACCAGGAGGAGGAAGAUCAGAGCGAGGCCACUACAGCUCCUACACAGUCGCUGACCAAUAAUACGAAUACGAAUACGCAAAGCUGUAGUGAUCAACGCAAUGCAUCACAAGCGAAGUACAGUUGGUGGACGAGCGACCAAAAUGCAGGGAAUGAAGAUGGAGGAGGGCACGAAGCGGUCGCGCACAAUGAAAAUGAUCAAAAUGAAACGAACUGUGCGACGUACUAUAAAGUAAAUGGAGAAGCUAAGCAAAUCGCAAGAAGCCACUGCACCCCAGAAAAGCCAUGGUGGGGCGACUCAAAUGAGGACAGCAAAGGCGAUGAUAAAAAUAAUGGGCGAUUGGAAAACUCGAAUAGUUCAGGUAAGCAAAAUGGCGCCAUUCAAUUGAAAAUUUGUCGCGUGGAAUCUGGGGAGAAGUCUUGGUGGCUGAGUGAGGCAGAGAAGGAGCGGAAGAACUGUGAAGAAGAGGCGGCCGUCGAAGCUACCAUAAAACUACCCACACGAAAAGCCGGUAACUUGGAGCGCUCAUCGAGUAGCAGCAAGGAAGUGAGCGAUGACAAACGUUGGUGGAUGUCUGGCCCAAUGAAGAAGCAGUUCACCGUCCAGCGCGUUGAGUCGGGAGAGCGUGCCUGGUGGCAGCAAAAUGACGAGGAAGAGACAAGGCACCAAUCGCCACAAAGGCAAAAGACGAAUUCGAACCUCGCGCGGGCCGAUUCCAAUGAAAAAUGUUGGUGGCAAGAGGACAAUGACGAUGACAAGCCGGUCAAAAGGCCGAGCACGCGAACGCAACGUUCUGACUCGGGCGAGAAAGCCUGGUGGCUGCAAGAUGACGUGGAGGAGAAAGUACAGAAUGGAGUCAUCAAUAAUUUGAGCACAGCGGAAUUGGAUGAGGUAUCAGCAGACGAAGCCAGGGGGCGAGAUUACGCCGACAUAGAAGUGCAACAUAUUAAUGGGCACGUAGCUGGCGCGCAACAACAAAAUUUUGGCACCGAACUUAGUAAUUCGUUCAAUUUCGAGUAUUCAGAACGACCGCCACCAUUGGGACAAUGUGCCAGCCCCAUUGCCCUUGAGCAAGUCGCCCCUCAAAUGCCACCGCAACCGCCAACGCGCAAUCUAAAUCAAUGUAAAUCGCCUUACGAUAACAUUCCAAUGUCGAAAGUUCAAAUGAAUCACUACUAUCAGCCCCAAUACUCAACUCAACCACAACCGCCCACAACACAAUCAUCAAUACCACAACAAUCACCUUACUACCACCACCAAUCACAACAACAGCAACAAGCGCAACAAACAAAUGAUUACUACACACCUUAUGCCAACAAUAGCAACAAUGUUGGCAACAUCAGACAAACGUUUGUUGGUGAGAAGCUCUUCAUAUCGCGUCAUCAAAAUAUCGAUGAGCUUUUGGGUGGUUCGUGUCGUCCAUUAAGUCCGCUCUUCUUGGACGGCAGCAGCAGCGCCAACAGCUUUGCCACAGUGCCGGCGAAUCGCAACGUCUUCUUAGAGGAGAUCACACCCGAUCAAGUGCGCAUACACGAUAGUACAGCGCAAAUGCCGGUGAUUCAACGCAUGGAGAGGGACGAAUGGGAUAACUAUGGAAGUGGAAGUGCAGCACAACCGAUACCGUAUUAUGAGCAGAAAAUGAACGGUUACUAUGUUUAA